AUGACCUCAAAGCUCGACAAGCUGCCCGACGAGCUGCAGCUCGCCACAGCCAACCAUGUGAAAUACAUCCAGUCGCUGGACACGCGGAAGGACGAGUAUGACUACUGGCUGACCGAGCACCUCCGCCUGAACGGCGUCUACUGGGGCCUCGUCGCUCUCCACCUGCUGGGCCACCCGGACGCCCUCCCGCGCAGUGAGACGAUAGACUUUGUGCUCUCAUGUCAGCAUGACAGUGGAGGCUUCGGCGCCGCCCCAGGCCAUGACGCACACAUGCUCUACACAGUCAGUGCCGUGCAGAUCCUCGCCAUGGUGAACGCGUUCGACGAGCUGGAAACGAGAGGGAAGGGCAAGGCUAAGGUGGGCGAGUUCAUUGCCAACCUCCAGAACCGGGAGACCGGCACCUUCGCCGGCGACGAGUGGGGCGAGGAGGACACGCGCUUCCUCUAUGGCGCCUUCAACGCCCUCUCCCUGCUCGGGCUGCUGCACCUGGUCGACGUGGACAAGGCAGUGGAGCACAUCGCGGCCUGCGCCAACUUCGACGGCGGCUACGGCGUGAGCCCGGGGGCCGAGUCGCACUCGGGCCAGAUCUUCACGUGCGUGGCGGCGCUGGACAUCGCGGGCCGGCUGGACCUCGUCGACGCCGACCGCCUGGGCCGCUGGCUCAGCGAGCGCCAGGUCCCCGGCGGCGGGCUCAACGGCCGCCCGGAGAAGGACGAGGACGUCUGCUACAGCUGGUGGGUCCUGAGCAGCCUGCAGAUCAUCGGCCGCGCCCACUGGAUCGACCGCGGCGCCCUCGUCCGCUUCAUCCUGCGCUGCCAGGACCCCGACGCCGGCGGCAUCGCUGACAGGCCUGGUGACAUGGUCGACGUCUGGCAUACGUGCUUCGGCAUGACCGGGCUGAGUCUGCUUGAGUACCCGGGUACGCAGCCUGUCAACCCCGUUUAUUGCAUGCCAAGGUCGACGAUCGAGAGGGUGCUGGGGAAGUAG